GCGUAGAGUGAAUGCUUCAGCACCUGAAGGGGUAGUAGGGGCAGUGAGCAGCAGUCCUUGACCAGCUGGGGGUUUGCUCCAGGCCCACUUGGUUCAUCCCAAACUGUUCACCUCUCUCCUUUCCCAGCCCACUAGCACCCAUUGCCGCAGGCAAGAGCUGCAGACCAUUGUUGCCAAGAUGUCUAAGGUAGCCAAGUAUCGCCGGCAGGUGAGUGAAGACCCCGACAUUGACAGCCUGCUGUCCACGCUGUCCCCCGAGGAAAUGGAAGAGCUGGAGAAGGAGCUGGACGUGGUCGACCCCGACGGGAGCAUUCCUGUGGGGCUGCGGCAGAGAGAUCUGACGGACAAACCAUCCACCGGCACCUACAACCGGGAAGCCAUGCUCAACUUCUGUGAAAAGGAGACCAAGAAACUCAUUCAGAGGGAGAUGUCCAUGGACGAAAGCAAGCAAGUAGAGACCAACGCAGAUGCCAAGAAUGGGGAGGAAAGGGGCCGGGGUGCCAGCACUAAGGCCCUGGGCCCCCGGCGGGACUCGGAUCUGGGCAAGGAGCCAAAGAAGGGUGUUUUGAAGAAAAGCGUCUCCAGGGACAAAGGGGACACUGACAGCCCAGGCGGGGAGAAGCCCAAAGAAGACAAGGUCAUCAGGGGCAUCGACAAGGGCAGGGUCAAGGCCGCAGUGGACAGGAAGGAGGGGGCAGGGGAGCCAAGGACGGCGGCCUCAGGGAAGGAAGCAGAGAAAAAGGAGAGCGACAGGAAUGUGGGAGUGAGCAGGGACAAGGACAAGAAGAGACAGAAAGGGAAUGAGGUGGCCAGGAAGGAGGAGGAGGACAAGGACAAAGGUCCAGGCAGGAGCCCGGACCCCAGGAAGGAAGAGGAGAAAGAGAGGAAAGCCGGUGGGGGCACAGACGUGAAGAAGGAGGGCCAGGAGGUCAAGACGGGGCCCGGGAUGACAGAGACCAGACGGGAGGAGGCUGGAGGCCAGAAGGAAGAGUCCCUCCCCAAAAAGGAAGCCAAGGAUGAGAGUAAGAGUAAGACACCUGAGCAACUGGCACCCGGGGUGCCCCCCAAGCCCGCCGAGGCCCCAGCCAAGCCUGCCGAGGCCCCGGCCAAGGCUGAGGAGGAAGCAGCACACAGCAUCUUUGACGAGCCGCUGGAGAAAGUGAAAAACAAUGACCCUGAGAUGACCGAGGUGAACGUUAACAACUCAGACUGCAUCACCAACGAGAUCCUGGUCCGCUUCACCGAGGCCCUGGAGUUCAACACCGUGGUCAAGGUGUUUGCCCUGGCCAACACACGCGCCGACGACCAUGUGGCCUUCGCCAUCGCCAUCAUGCUCAAAGCCAACAAGACCAUCACCAGCCUCAACCUGGACUCCAACCACAUCACAGGCAAGGGCAUCCUGGCCAUCUUCCGGGCCCUGCUGCAAAACAGUACACUGACCGAGCUGCGCUUCCACAACCAGCGUCACAUCUGCGGGGGGAAGACAGAGAUGGAGAUCGCCAAACUGCUCAAAGAGAACACCACGCUGCUGAAACUGGGCUACCACUUCGAGCUGGCUGGGCCCCGCAUGACCGUCACCAACCUACUCAGUCGCAACAUGGACAAGCAGCGGCAGAAGCGGCUGCAGGAGCAGCGGCAGGCCCAGGAGGCCAGUGGAGGGGGCAAGAAGGAGCUGCUGGAGGUGCCCAAGGCUGGGGCUGCCCUGGCCAAGGGGUCCCCCAAACCUUCACCCCAACCCUCUCCCAAGCCAUCCCCCAAGAACUCACCCAAGAAAGGGGGGACUCCGGCCGCCCCCCCACCCCCACCCCCACCCCUGGCUCCACCCCUGAUCAUGGAGAACCUGAGGAACUCACUGUCACCAGCCACGCAGAGGAAGAUGGGAGACAAAGCACUCCCGGCCCAGGAGAAGAACUCGCGCGACCAGCUGCUGGCUGCUAUCCGCUCCAGCAACCUCAAGCAGCUCAAGAAGGUGGAAGUGCCCAAGCUGCUUCAGUAGGCCUGGGCCGCUGCCAUCCAGGCCCUCACGGACCCUGCCCGCCCACCCUGGCUCACCAGCUGUUGCCGUGCAGGAGCUUCAGGCCCUGGCCAUGCCCCAGGAAGGACGCCUUCUCUCUUCUCACUUCCCUUUUCUUGUCCCUGAGGCUCUCCAGAAAUUGCUUUUGUGCCUGGAGCUGAGGGUUCCAGACAAGAAGGGUCCUGUGGGCUCGUCACGGAGCAGAUGCCACUGCCCAGGGACCCUGUGGAGCUGGCAGCUGCAGGAGGCUCAGGAGCCAGGAAAGCUGCCCCAUGGACCACCGCCACCCCCACCCCAGCCCUGCUGCUCUCCAGGGCCAGGAUCCAGAUCCCUGAGGAGCCCUUGGGCAAAGCAGUUGGGUUGGUGGCUUGGGGGAGGUAGGGAGGCAGCUGUGGCGGGUCUGAGAGGGCUGGGGGCCCCCAUGAGAGAGGGAGAGCCUGAGGAGGCUGCAACCCCUCCCUCGGGUUAGCCCUGGCUCUUGGAGUACAUGGAGGGGCAGCCAGCCUGGCAGGGAGUGGGCUGCAGCUGGCAGAGAGGGGCGGAUGGCAGCGGGAUCUGAAGGUUUGAUGCCAAAGCCAGAGUUUGCUGCACACCCACCUGCUGUUGUAUAAAUAGCUGUGUAUCUGUUUUCCAUGAGAUUUUGAUAAUAUAUACAAACUGUUAGCUGUGA